GCUUCAACUUCCGAAUUAGGACGGCAGCGACGAUAUUCAGUGCAUAGGCAUGGAAAGUGUCCGAAUUACUAUGAGCGACUCCGCGAAGCAGAGACGCCAAGCAUGCGACAAUGUUAUUCGAAACGGUGGUAGUCCCGUGAAGCUUCGAAUGCUUGACUGGACCCUCGGAGCUUUGCCGCCGAGUUUCACCUCACCUUAACUGUCGAUCGCCCUCUUAAUCCGUAAGGCGCACCAACUUUCUCUCGAGUGCGGUUAUCGAUGUUGUGAUCCGUAGACAAUGCACACUGCACUUCACCAGACCAACACACUUGUUGCUGGCGACAAGCGAAUGGGACCUUUCUCCAACAGGUCAGGCUAGGCACAUUCCACGGGCGUCGCCAACGGUCCGCACGCACAUGCUAUGAUCUCAAGUCUUGGCUUCAGCUUCCGACCGUUAGUCCUCGUAACGGCUGCUGCAUUCAUCUUCUUUUUCCUCAGCCUUACGCAUGUUUCACCGGUGCGGCCAUGGACUGCUUCUCUGUGGCAGCCCAGCCUCCGUCUGACCGGACAGGCUCAAGAGACAGACCCCAAUGCGCCUCUCUGCCGCCAUCUCGCCGGUGCUGAGGAUGUCGUUGUAGUGAUGCGAACCGGCGCCACGGAGAUCCAAAACAAGCUCCCAGUACAUCUGAGGACGACCUUCAAGUGCUACCCCGAUACUCUCAUCUUCUCCGACUACGCCGAAGUCUUCGAGGGCCACCAGGUCUACGAUGUACUUGUUGACGUUGACCACCGCAUUAGAGAGGUUCACCCAGACUUCGAGCAUUACCAUCGUCUGCAGGAACUCGGCCGUCUAGGUCUGGAGGACCACGAAUUGCACUCCGAAAGCAUCGAGAGUGGGCCGGUCGGCAAGAACGACAAUCCCGGCUGGCGGCUCGACAAGUGGAAGUUCCUCCCCAUGAUCGUCCGCACGCUGGAGCUUCGACCAAACCAAAAAUGGUACGUCUUCGUAGAGCCAGACACGUAUCUCGUGUGGACGAACCUCAUACAAUGGCUACAAACGCUCAAUCCGGGCCGAGCAUCCUACUAUGGCAGCGAGGUGCAGAUCGGCAACGACAUCUUCGCCCAUGGCGGCUCGGCAUUCGUCCUGUCCAAUGCCGCCAUGAACAAAGCAGCGGACAUCUAUACCGCCCACCCGGACGAGUGGCAUUCCCGCACCGCGCAGCACUGGGCCGGCGACUGCAUCCUCGGGACCGCGCUAAAACAAGCAGGGGUGAAGCUUACAUGGGCGUGGCCUAUGUUCCAAGGUGGCAAUCCAACUUAUAUGAAGUGGAAUGACUCGAAGCCCGAGAAGCAAGUUUGGUGCACCCCGGCGCUUUCUUACCAUCAUUUCCUGGCCGACGAGGUCGAACGCAUGUGGACGUUCGAGCAACACCGGCUCCGCGGCCUCCUUUCCAGGAUAGCAAGGCCACCUUCUUCUUCCUCUUCUUGGCGGCGCGAGGAGUCAGUGAUGUACCACAGCGAUGUUUUCAAGCAAUUCAUCCUACCCGACAUACCCACCGAGCGCAUGGCGUGGAGUAAUAUGCCGCCGGACGACAAUCUGCCUCAUAUUCCCCAGUUGAGCAUGGAUGCUUGUCGCCGAGUAUGCGAAGUCAAUGAUCAGUGCGUGCAGUACAGUGCCGGACCGGACGGCUGUUCGGUUACCAACAUGGCUAACCUGGGUCAUGCGGCUGAAGGCAUGGAGUCGGCGUGGAUGUCCGAUAGGAUCGAGACGUGGUUGUACGAGAUGGACAAGUGCCGACGCCGAGGAUGGAUUCAUUGGUGAGCAAUUCGAAAAACUAGCGCUAGCUCAUCCCGUUGUACGGGACUCGCUGUUCUACCUUGCUUCGCGGGCCCAAGGAGCUCGCGGAUGGUAACGUUAUCUGGCUCGGUGCGUGCUGCUGCUUCUUGAGCUGGGCGCCUUGUUCCGGUCUUGACCGGACUUGCACGCGGCACCGUGCUAUUGACCUUCCGGCUAGCUACGGUGCGCAGCCGUGGCGUUACAAUGCUCCCGGCAGACCUCUGGCAUCCAGGG